AUGACCGGAGAUUUCUGGACUUGGUUAUGCGGGAAUAAUCACCACACAUCAAACUGCACUAUCCGAUUUCUGCAGAUAUGUUUCGGAAUUACACUCUCAUUCGCAAGUCUCUGCAUUUGCUUGUUUCACAAGGAACCGCUCAAACAAUAUCACCCCUUCAGCUGUCUUCGAAUCGUGUCUGCUGCGUUCAACGGAAUCAUCGGAUCACUAGCUUUGAUUUUAGGGAUUUGGGUUUCACAAGAGAACCCAAACAAACCCUUGAUUUUCUGGCUGGUGAUUCUCGUUCAAGGAUUUGCAUGGCUGUUCAUCAACUUAGUCGUUUGCGUAAGAAGACUACAUAUCCGGAAGUCUUCGGUGAGACUGCUAUCUCUUUUCUCCUUCUUUUACGCUCUACUCUCGAGUUGUUCAUCUGUGAACAAUGCUGUUCAUGGAGAGGAACCAGCGAUUAGGACGGUUCUUGAUGUUUUGUUAGUACCUGGGUCAGUGUUAUUACUCUUAACCGCUUAUAAAGGCUCUAGCUUUGAAGAUUCUAGUGAGAGUAGCAGCUUGUAUGAGCCUCUCAAUGUCAGCGAUUCAAAAUCUGAUUUUGAUAAACCGGUUAGCCAAUUUGCAAGAGCUGGUUUGUUAAGCAAGUUAUCAUUCUGGUGGUUGAAUUCUCUGAUGAAGAAAGGAAAUGUCAAAGACUUGGAGGAAGAAGACAUGCCUGAGCUGCGAGAGGAAGAGCGUGCAGAGACUUGUUAUUCAUUAUUUGAGGAGAAUCUCAAUGAGCAGAAGAGAAGAUUAGUAGAUGAUGAUGAUGAUACUCGACGGCCUUCGAUCUUGAAAGUGACUGUUCUUUGUGUGUGGAGAGAGGUUUUGAUCUCUGGCUGCUUUGCGUUUAUGAAGAUUGUUUCUGUUUCAGCUGGUCCUCUGCUUCUGAACGCUUUCAUUUUGGUUGCUGAAGGCAACGAGAGGUUUAGAUACGAAGGGUUUGUGUUGGCUGUGUUGCUCUUCUUCACAAAGAGUGUAGAGUCUUUGUCGCAGAGACAAUGGUACUUCAGAAGUAGGCUCGUUGGUUUACGCGUGAGGUCUCUUCUAACCGCAGCUAUAUACAAGAAACAGCUGAGAUUGAAUACCUCUUCAAGACUGAUCCAUUCAGGCAGCGAGAUCAUGAACUACGCGACUGUUGAUGCUUACAGAAUUGGUGAGUUUCCGUAUUGGUUUCACCAGCUUUGGACGACGAGCUUUCAGCUACUGAUCGCGCUUGGGAUCCUCUUUCAUUCCGUGGGGGUUGCUACGUUCUCGGCUCUAGCUGUGAUAGUGAUUACUGUUAUGUGCAACGCUCCUAUCGCGAAGCUUCAGAACAAGUUCCAAAGCGAGCUCAUGACUGCUCAGGAUGCGAGGCUCAAGGCAUGCAACGAGUCUCUUGUCAACAUGAAGGUGUUGAAGCUCUACGCGUGGGAAUCACAUUUCAAGAAGGUUAUCGAGAAGCUGAGGAAGACAGAGUUGAAAUCUUUGAAGGCUGUUCAGAUGAGGAAGGCUUACAAUGCGGUUCUCUUCUGGUCAUCGCCGGUUCUUGUCUCUGCUGCGACUUUUGCUACUUGUUAUUUCAUUGACAUUCCGCUGAGAGCAAGUAACGUUUUCACGUUUGUGGCGACUUUGCGUCUGGUCCAAGAUCCAGUGAGAAUGAUCCCUGAUGUGAUCGGAGUGACGAUUCAGGCUAAAGUUGCCUUCAGUCGUAUAUCAGCUUUUCUACAAGCCCCUGAGCUUCAAGGUGGGGAGAGUCGGAGAAAGCAGAGAUCAGAGGGAGAUCAAGACGCGAUCGUGAUUAAAUCUGCAAGCUUCUCGUGGGAGGAGAAAAGUUCAGCAAAACCAAACUUGAAGAAUGUGAGUCUUGAGGUUAAGUUUGGGGAGAAAGUUGCUGUUUGUGGUGAAGUUGGCUCAGGGAAGUCAACACUUUUAGCUGCCAUUCUUGGUGAAACUCCAUGUGUCUCAGGAAAGAUCGAUUUCGUUGGUACGGUCGCCUAUGUUUCUCAAACAGCAUGGAUCCAAACAGGGACAAUAAGAGACAACAUCCUCUUCGGAGGUGUGUUGGAUGAGCAACGUUACCGUGAGACAGUUCAAAAGUCUUGCCUAGACAAAGAUCUUGAGCUCUUACCUGACGGAGACCAGACUGAGAUCGGUGAGAGAGGUGUUAAUCUAAGCGGAGGACAGAAACAGAGGAUUCAACUCGCGCGUGCUCUUUACCAAGAUGCAGACAUUUAUCUCCUUGAUGAUCCUUUCAGUGCUGUUGAUGCGCACACUGCUACGAGUUUGUUCAAAGAAUACGUUGUAGACGCUCUUGCGAAAAAAGCUGUAUUGCUUGUUACGCAUCAAGUGGAUUUCUUGCCUGCUUUUGACUCUGUCUUGCUGAUGGCAGAUGGAGAAAUCGUUGCAGCUGACACUUACCAACAACUGCUAUCCAGAAACAGAGACUUUCAAGAUCUUGUCAACGCUCACAGAGAAACGGCUGGCUCUGAAAGAAUGGCUGCCGUAGACAACCCCAUAAACCAAAGCAAACCGGUGAUGGAAAUCGACGGAGUCUCUUUGUCUCACGGUCGUGAAACCGAGUCGUUUGAUCAAAGAGGAAGAGCGAGAGAAAGGAGACACAGGGUUGAAACCGUUCUACAGAACUCUUGGAUGGCUGCAAACGUAGAUAACCCCCAAGUUAGCACUUUGAAGUUGAUCUUGGUCUACUUGUUGAUUGGGCUGAGCGCAGUUCUCUUCUUGUUUGUUAGAUCUAUCUGUGUUGUGGUUAUGUGUAUGAGGUCAUCAACUUCUUUGUUCUCUCAUCUUCUAAACUCUCUUUUUAGAGCGCCUAUGUCCUUUUACGACUCCACUCCUCUUGGACGGAUUCUUAGCAGGGUCUCAUCUGACUUGAGCAUUGUAGAUCUUGACGUUCCUUUCGGCCUCAUAUUUGUGGUUGUGGCUACGGUAUACACAGGUUCUAGUCUUGGAGUGUUAGCUACUAUUACUUGGCAAGUCUUGUUUGUAUCUGUUCCCAUGGUUUAUCUUGCAUUUCGUUUACAGAAGUACUACUUCCAAGCAGCGAAAGAGUUAAUGCGGAUCAAUGGCACGACAAGAUCUUUUGUGGCGAAUCAUUUAGCAGAAUCAGUAGCAGGAGCGAUAACAAUCAGGGCGUUUGAUGAAGAAGAGAGGUUUUUCAAGAAAAGUCUCACACUCAUUGACACAAACGCAAGUCCUUUCCUCCACAGCUUUGCAGCUAACGAAUGGCUGAUCCAGCGGCUUGAAACCGUCUGCGCCAUUGUUUUAGCCUCCACUGCCUUCUGCAUGGUUUUGCUCCCUACAGGAACAUAUACCUCUGGGUUCAUCGGAAUGGCCCUAUCAUACGGUUUAUCUUUGAACCUGGGGCUUGUUAAUGCCGUACAGAACCAAUGCUACUUAGCUAACUGGAUCAUUUCGGUUGAGAGGCUUAACCAGUACACACAUUUAUCACCUGAGGCUCCUGAAGUUAUAGAAGAGACCCGACCACCGGUUAACUGGCCGGUCACAGGCCGAGUCGAGAUAUCUGAUUUGCAGAUAAGGUACAGACAAGAAUCUCCAUUGGUUUUAAAAGGAAUUAGUUGCGUAUUCGAAGGAGGGCACAAGAUUGGAAUCGUUGGUCGAACCGGUAGCGGAAAGACGACUCUGAUCAGUGCUCUGUUCAGACUAGUUGAGCCUGUUGGAGGAAAGAUCGUCGUUGACGGCGUUGACAUCUCCACAAUCGGGGUUCAUGAUCUGAGAUCAAGGUUUGGGAUUAUACCUCAGGAUCCAACUCUGUUCAAUGGAACAGUGAGAUAUAAUUUGGAUCCUUUGUGUCAGCAUUCUGAUGCUGAGAUUUGGGAGGUUCUUGGGAAGUAUCAGCUGAGAGAGGUGGUUCAAGAGAAAGAGAAUGGCUUAGAUUCAUUAGUUGUGGAAGAUGGAUCGAACUGGAGCAUGGGACAGAGACAGCUGUUCUGUUUAGGCAGAGCAGUUUUGAGAAGAAGCAGAGUAUUGGUCCUGGACGAAGCAACGGCGUCGAUAGAUAACGGCACAGACUUGAUACUUCAGAAAACAAUCCGGCGAGAAUUCGCCGAUUGCACCGUCAUAACCGUCGCUCACCGUAUUCCCACCGUCAUGGAUUGUACAAUGGUUCUCUCCAUGAGCGACGGAAGAAUUGUGGAGUAUGAUGAGCCGAUGAAACUGAUGAAGAAGGAAGAUUCGUUGUUUGGGAAGCUUGUGAAAGAGUAUUGGUCUCAUUACCACUCCGCUCCUGACUCACCUGUGGCGGUUAGAAGUGGUUAUGGCGUCAAGUAUGACGGGAAGAUAACAGCUUAUCCGGGAAGAGAAGGAGGAGGAAGCAUAGAUUUGGAAGUAUGUCUUCUUCCUGAGUUUAUGGAAGCUUUAGAAUCAGAUCAAGAGUUCAUGUCUCUUGUCACUUCUUCUUGA